AUGGAUAAGUCGGGUUGUAUGUCGAGUAUACCUGGCCCUGGAGUCCCUGCGAGAGGGCCUGCUGGCAGCACAGCUGGCGGAGUCUGGGCUGAGGGAGUCCCGCCUGGCCUUCCGCCCCUGGGCCUCCUCGGGGUCGGGGCUGAGGGUGGGCUGGGAGCCGCGGCGGCCGGCCCCCGGCCAGCAGGAGUCAUCGAUGGCCGUGCUCUGCCUCGUCAGCCGCGGGUACUUCCCGUCCUUGGUCGAGGGCCUUCGCUCCGGCGAGGCCUGGCUUCUCGAGUCCCUCCUGCACUUGUAGUACACCUAAUACAAGCUGUCUCAUCAGAAUUCAUUAACGCAAUCAUGUCUAUGAAAAUCAUCAUGCGGAACAUGCAUAUUAAUAUUUAA